ACGGAAACAUUAAAAUCAGAGGGGAGGGUGUGUGUUUUUUUUCUUUUUAACUUUCUUUUGAAUUCCAGCGAAGGAUUAGACUACUAGAGAACUCGAAGUGGUGCGUGAUAAAGAUGCCUUCUGAAUGCAACUAUGCUUUGCUUCAUACUGGACAAAGAAUGCCUUUUGUUGGAUUAGGUACUUGGAAGAGUGAUGCUGGACAAGUAAAAGAGGCUGUAAAGUAUGCCCUUAGUGUGGGCUAUCGCCACAUUGACUGUGCUACAGCUUAUAGCAACGAAGCAGAAAUAGGUGAAGCUCUCCAGGAGACUGUUGGAGCUGACAAGGCUGUUAAAAGGGAAGAAUUGUUUGUAACAUCAAAGCUAUGGAACACCAAACACCACCCAGAAGAUGUGGAGCCAGCUUUAAGGAAGACUCUGCAAGAUCUAAAGCUGGAUUACCUGGACCUCUACCUUAUGCACUGGCCACAUGCCUUCGAGCGAGGAAAUAAUCUCUUCCCCAAGAAUCCUGAUGGUACAAUGCGUUAUGAUUAUAUUGACUACAAAGAUACAUGGAAGGCUAUGGAAAAAUUGGUGGAAAAAGGCUUGGUGAAAGCUAUUGGACUUUCAAAUUUCAAUAGUCGACAGAUUGAUGAUGUUCUCAGCAUAGCUUCUGUCAAGCCAGCAGUUCUACAGGUGGAAUGUCAUCCUUACCUAGCCCAGAAAGAACUAAUAGCUCAUUGCCAUCAGCGAGGGCUGGUAGUAACUGCUUACAGUCCUCUUGGUUCACCUGACCGCAUGUGGAAGCACCCAGAUGAGCCAGUAUUGCUGGAAGAACCUGGGAUAAAGAAACUGGCAGAAAAAUACAACAAAUCUCCUGCUCAGAUUGUUCUCAGAUGGCAAGUUCAGCGGAAAGUAGUUGUUAUCCCCAAGAGUGUUACCCCUGCACGCAUACUCCAAAAUCUUCACGUGUUUGACUUCAGCCUGACCGUUGAAGAGAUGAGUUCUAUUGAGAGCCUGAAUAAAAACUGGCGAUAUAUUGUGCCAAUGCUCACGGUGGGGGACAAAAUGAUACCAAGGGAUGCUGGACACCCCCUAUAUCCCUUCAAUGAACCAUAUUAAUUCAUAAAACUACCAAGAUGAAAAAUGUAUUUCCAUUCAGGACUGUUGCUGCCAUCAUAUACUAGAUUUUAAAAAACACACCUAAAUAAAGUAUUAUAUCUGUGGGAUUGCAUUUAAUCCUGAAGAGUUAACAAUGGUUUUAGAAAAAUAACUGUUUAACAAUAUAAAUUGUACAACCUGAAAAUUUUUAUAAGAUCUUAAUUAACAUGUUCCUGCAUCUUUUUUUAAACAUCUGUACCAAAAUAUUUGCUUGAAAUCUAAUAGGGUGCAAAGAGUAAUAAAUGCAAGAAGUAUAUGCUUUACACAUACCUAAAUUUAAAUUCUGGAUCUCCUGACAUAAUAUCUAAUAGUUACAUAAAGAUUGUGGCCACAGGUUUCAUGACUUUAUCCCAAUAUAAGCACAGACCAAAAGAGUACAGGAUGCAUGGCAUUGCUGCUGCCUUUAGCGCUGAAUUAAAAUAAUUUGCCAACUCAGUUUACAUUUAGCUAAAUUACUUCUAUCACAUAAUAGGAUCAUUUUACAAAUUAGAGAGCUGUAACUCUCUGGAUAUGUGGGCAUGUUUGAUUUUACAUGUCACAAAAUGGCUACAUGGAGAACAUGUCACAGAACAUUAGAAAACGAAAUUAAAGUUCUAAUCC